AUGCAAUUUACAAAGCAGGCAGCCUAUCUGUAUCCUAGAUUCGAAGAUUUAUCUCGUCUGCAGUACUGGAACAAUGAACUGCAAUGUGCCAAAGAGACAUACAAGGACACUGUCCGCCUUCAACAAAGUCUCCGUGUAUCAUCGAAGGUAUUCCAGGCCCGCUACCAGCAUCUCUCGUAUCGACUUGUGAUUAUGAUCCGAACCCAACUGAUCGCUCUGAUAUAUCGAAAAACGCUAUCCUUAGACUUAGCCUGCGUAGAGAAUCGAGCCCCCGCUACCCUUACGAGCACCGACGUGGAGCGUAUCUCUGCCAGGCUGGCGAAUAUCUACGACGUCUGGGGAUGUGUAGUUGAGGUCGACACCGCGGUAUGGUUGCUAUGGCGGGAGCUAUAUUUUCCCACAUUAGCACCAGUCGUGAUUACGUCUACCUGCGUUCUUUUGGCAAGGGUGAUUGGAGGACUUGCAGGCGUUCGUCAACGUGCUUGGAUCGGGGCGGUUCAGCGACGGAUUGCCGCCACUUCGAGUGCUCUGCGAUACCUCAAACAUCUUAAGCUGUCAGGACUGGCAGACGUUCUAGUCUCUUCUCUUAAGGGUUUGAGGAACUCCCAGGUCAAGACGUUAAUACGCUGGAGAAGACUGCAGGUCUUGAUGGUCGCUGUCGGAUUCGUGAACAGUGCUCUAUCUCCUGUUAUAUCGCGCUCUUCGUAUGCAGUUGCUUUCAAUCAAGGCUCCGAUAUCCUGGAUGUCGAGAAGGCAUUUGCCGUCUCGGCUAUUUUCUUCUUGAUCGGUGCUCCCUUGAAUCGUCUGUCUGAAGCAGCCGGUGGUCUGCUUAUGGGUGUUGCGUGCAUCGACAGGAUCCGUGAGUUCUUGGUUUUUCAAGGCGAACCAAAUUGGGAGAAAGACUCAAUAUCACCUUCAGAGAUUGCAAUCAUCUUCUCCAAGGCCGUCUCGACAUUCAGGAUAUUUCUCAAGGAGAUAACCGUUGGGAGCGGUGGCAUCACCAUCAGAGGUCAGAAAUCGUGGUCGCUCGCACGCUCCGUGUAUUCCAAUGCAAAAAUCACCAUGCUCGACGAUGUAUUCAGCAGGCUUGAUGCCACGACGGAGGAAUAUAUCAUCCAGCACCAGAUAGGCCCCGAGGGGUUAUUGCGUCGCCAGAGAAGAACGGUGAUAUUGGCUUCGUCGUUGAAUUCUUCUACACUCAUCACAACUAGUCGCCUCCAAAUCGAGCAGGAUACCCAAAGUCCUCUGCCAAACCCCAGAAUACCGUCUUCCGGUAUGCAGCCUGGAAAAGACAUCAAUAAGCGGCGCACAGGGGAUUUUGCCACAUAUAAGUAUUACUUUGGCAGAAUGGGUUUCGGAAAUAUCACGCAAUUUACCACCCUGAUCACGGUGUUUGUGAUCUCUCACAGCUUCCUAUUCUGGGUCGAGCUAUGGGCAAAAGCCAACUCCGAGUCCCCGGGAAAUAAAAUCGCCAUGCACAUACGCGUAUAUUAUGCCAUUGGGGUUUCAAAUAUCGUCUUCACCGGCUCAUCUGCACGUCAAGGCCUACAUCUCAUCGAUACUGAACUGCCUAUAGCGUUAAUAAACACCUGCGUUGGUAAAACAUGCCCUAUAAUGCUUAGUGACAACCUAUCGCUAACAUCUUCAGCCCUUGGUGGGGCAACGCAUACGAGCAACGCUGUCAAGAGCUUUUGGAAAUCUCGCAGAAACCAUUCUACGGACUAUACUGCGUCCACAGCGGUGGCUCAUCCUGGUGCUGGAUCUGACCAUUGCCGGACUGGCUCGAAGGGAUCGAUCAGUAAUAGACUGGUCAGGUUAGCUCUGGUCAAUGACACCAACCUUAGUAACAAUGUCAAGCUUUUGGUUUUGCAAUGGAUGCAGUUGGAGACGUCCAUUGGAGCGGUAUCUCGCAUAAAAUCCUAUGAAAGCAACACCGCAUCCGAGGCUUCCCCAGAUGAAGUCAAGGCCGUGCCAGAGAACUGGCCUCUGAACGGACAGGUGGAGCUUCAUGACAUUUUGCUGCCUAUUCUUCAGAACUAUGGACCAGAUCAAACGCGAUUCCCCAGGAUCUAUGCUUCCUCCCUAAUGGUACCAUCCGCACAACCGAUCAACGAGCAAGAUAUCACCGAAAUUCUCCAACAAGUUGACCUCCAGGAUCUAGUGGCUUGUACCCUUCACGGUGUGGACACCGUCAUCACCGAGACCUUGUAUCCCAUGGCCAGCGGCAACUCUUGUCUCUUGCUCGCGCUCUGUACCCUAGACCCGACAACGGAGGUUAUUGUCCAGAGAGUGAUUCAUACUGCGUUCGCUGGGUACACUGUCAUUGCUAUUGCGCAUCGGUCGCAGACUAUCUUGGAUUUUGAUUUAAUUAUCUUUCUGGAUGGAGGUCGUGUAGUUGAGAUUGGAUCGCCGAGUGAGAUGCUCUCCAGAUUUUGUUCGGAGUUUAAAGACUUGUAUGCUAGUCAACUUGCUGGGCAGUUCCUUGGAUUCCAGGUUUAUCUUGAUCUAUAUCUGAUUGAGUGA